GCAGCUGGCGACGGAGCGCCGUCAUCGUCUACCGAUUCCGACGACUCGGAUGCUGAAGAUUUACCAGUGAAGCUUGGCUCUAGCCACAUUUAUUUUGUACAUAACGACGAAGUAUUUUCAAUGUAUCGCUGCCUUCUUCAUCACGGAGAGUCCACCGUUUCGCCAGCAGUUUUCGCUAGAACAUUGGAUUGUGCUAUAUUUCUUUUAGCUGGUGGUCACUUUGCCGCCGGAAUAUUCAGAAAUGGCAAACUUGUAGCCCACAAAGCGUUUCAUCGAUAUGUUGUUCGAGCCAAACAAGGUGGAGCGCAAGGCGCCAAAGACAAAGAGAAAGGAACUAUUCACUCUGCCGGUGCUACUCUUCGCAGAUACAAUGAACGUGCACUGGCUGAAGAUAUUGUAAAAGUGUUAGGAACCUGGUCGGAGUUUCUCGCAGCCACACCAUUGAUAUUUAUUCGAUGUGCCAGUUACCAACGUGUGAUAUUUCAUGAUAUUGACGAGAAUGGAUUUGAUAGGAGGGACCCAAGACUGAGAACCAUUCCGUUCGAAACAAAGCGUCCACUUUUGGACGAAGUUCGAAGGACUUGGGAACGAUUAGGAUCGGUCGUAUGCCAUGGACCUAUGAAAGACUUCCUCGCUGAAAGAUCAAAGCGAAAGCAGAGGGUAAAGACUUUGUUGAAGAAGAAGCGAGUUGGAACGCAAUGGAUACCAGGAUCUGAUGAAAAGGAAACGACGCCCUCUAAAGAGCGAAAAAAGGAUCAUUUGAAAACAGUGGCACCUGUAGAAGAACAACAACCUGUAGAUGAUCGAUGGUCAGCACUGAAUAGAGAUACCCGGAGAGAACUCUACUCCAUGGUUAAAGAGAACAAAGAAGAAGAGCUCAAAGCAUUGAUAUCUGAACGUGGUGCAGAGGAGCAAAAAGAGAUUUUCAACUAUCUGAAUACGAAUCGCUUUUCAUCGGACAACGGAACGUUUCUUCAUCUGGCUGCUCGCAGUGGAGCUGAUAGGACACUGCGGGUGAGUUUAUUCAGGAAUUUAGACAAUUCUUUUUUUCCUGUUUCUCCUUUUUGCGUACAAAAAACUGCUUUACCAAAAUCACGAUUGAAACUCGUGAUGGUAUCUCGCCACCGUUGA